AUGCGCCACGAGGCCCCGCCCCUCACACCUGCGCUGGCCCCGCCCCGCCCAGGUGCGCUGCAUUUCCGGCCCGCCCCGCGCAGGCGCCGCCUCUUCUUCCGGCAGAGCCGCGGCGGCUCCGCUCCAGGCGGACGCUGUUUGGAGCUGAAGCCGUAUCAGAAGAUUGGUUUGAACUGGUUGGCGCUGCUGCAUAAACACGGGUUGAAUGGCAUAUUGGCUGAUGAAAUGGGCUUAGGAAAAACAAUUCAAGCUAUUGCGUUCCUAGCUUAUCUCUACCAAGAGGGCCAUAAGGGUCCCCAUUUGAUAGUUGUGCCGGUUUCAACAUUAGAUAACUGGAUAAGAGAAAUUCACCUGUGGUGUCCUGAGCUCAACAUCCUUAUUUACUAUGGAUCCCAAGAAGAUCGGAAACAUCUCAGGGUGGACAUUCACAACAAAGCCGUGGAUUUCAAUGUGAUUGUAACUACAUACAACUGUGCCAUCAGCAGCUCAGACGACCGGGGGCUGUUUCGCAGGCUGAAGCUGAACUACGCAAUUUUCGACGAAGGCCACAUGCUGAAGAACAUGAGCUCUGUGCGCUACCAGCACCUCAUGACAAUCAAUGCAAAGAACCGCUUGCUGCUGACGGGGACUCCGGUGCAAAAUAACCUGUUGGAGUUGAUGUCCCUUUUGAAUUUCGUCAUGCCGCACAUGUUCAGCAGCAGCACGAGCGAAAUCCGAAGGAUGUUCUCUUCAAAAGCAAAGAGUGCUGAAGAACAAAGCAUAUAUGAAAAGGAGAGGAUCGCACAUGCAAAGCAGAUAAUAAAACCAUUCAUCUUGAGAAGAGUAAAAGAUGAGGUCCUGAAACAACUACCUCCCAAAAAAGACCUCAUCGAAUUAUGUGCCAUGUCUGAGAAGCAGGAGCAGCUCUACUGUGAUCUCUUAAACAAGCUCAAGAAGACUUUCAACAGCAACGAGAAAAACUCUGAUAUGGGAAAUGUGAUGAUGCAACUUAGAAAAAUGGCAAAUCACCCUCUGCUGCAUCGGCAGCAUUACACGAGCGACAAGCUCCGGACAAUGGCCACGCUGAUGCUCAAGGAACCCACCCAUUGCGACGCCAACCCCGACCUUAUCUUGGAAGACAUGACAGUCAUGACGGAUUUUGAGCUGCACCUGCUUUGCAAGCAAUAUCCUCACAUCAGCGACUACAAGUUGGGCAUGGAUCAGAUCUUGGAUUCGGGGAAGUUCAGGGCGCUGGAGCGCAUCCUGUCCGACUUCAAAGAGAAGGGGGACAGAGUUGUGUUGUUCAGCCAGUUUACCAUGAUGCUGGAUAUCUUGGAAGUUUUCCUCAAACACUGGCAGCAUAGAUACAUUAGAUUGGAUGGAAAAACACAGAUUUCUGAUCGGAUACGUCUCAUAGACCAGUUCAACACAGAUAUGGGUAUAUUUGUAUUCCUCCUGUCAACCAAAGCCGGGGGCUUGGGAAUCAAUCUGACCUCAGCAAACGUCGUCAUUCUUCACGACAUCGACUGCAACCCGUACAACGAUAAGCAAGCAGAAGACCGAUGCCACAGAGUAGGUCAGACAAGAGAAGUAAAAGUGAUAAAGCUGAUCAGUAAGGGGACUAUUGAGGAAUCCAUGCUCAAAAUCAGCCAGCAGAAGCUGAAGUUGGAACAAGACAUGACUGCGGCAGAUUCAGGAGAAGAAGGAACCAUCCCAGCAGAUAUCGCCACACUCCUCAAAGCUUCCUUAGGUCUCUGAAAUGUAACUGCGUUGUGGAAUUGGAGGAAGAAAGGUGACGUUGUACCCCGAGGACUCUUCUCUUACUUGCCACCAUGAGCUUUAUGGACAGUUAUAACUUUUUGUAGUUCCUUUGAUUGUAUUCCUCAUGGCAUUGGAUAUUUUUAACACCGGUAGCAUUCUUUUGAUGCUAAAACACGAACAGCCCGGAUGUGCCAACAUGGGGUGCUGAAAAAAUGCUAUUUUACAGAUCACUUUUCCAAAUGGGGACCUAAGUACUAUUUGUUUUAACAAAUCUGCUACUGCUGGAGAUUUGUCAGUAUUUUUGUAAUUAUUUCUACCUCCAAAUAUAGAUAUAUAUAAACCGUCUGUUUCACUGGAUUACUUGUGUAGAUUUUUUUAUAUGUGCCUUAUUUGACAAUGCUUGAGUCCGGUUCGGCUUGUUUUCGGUUCAUUUGAUGUACCGUACCCGUUUUGUAUCAACUUGUUUGAAUAAAAUUCCACAGGUUAACCAAA